CUUGUUUCACCUGUUCUUGGAUUGGCCUAUGACAUUGACGAAGGCCUCAUGAUUGGAUCUCCGAUUGGGAAUGUGGCCAGGGAUGCUUCGCUCAGUGCCCAACAACAACAGCAUGGAGCUUUGAAGUUUAACCUCUUACCCCACGGAUAUGUCCACACCAACUUGUUCAGUGUUGAGGAAAAUACCAGUGAACUGAAGACCACCGCUGAGAUAGAUCGUGAAGAAUUGUGUGGAAUUACCGUUCCUUGUGUCUUGGAUAUCGUUGUGGGAGUGCUUUCGAAAACUGGAAGCUUUUUCCAGAUUGUUCCAGUGCAAAUCAGUGUUAGAGAUAUCAAUGAUAACCCCCCAAGUUUUCCACAACCUGUUCUCAAAGUUUUGAUUCCGGAAUCUGCAUUAUCUGGAAUGUACUACAACGUGCCUACAGCAAUAGACUUGGACAUAGGAAACAACUCAAUUCAGAGAUAUGAGCUUCAGUCAGAAACCAAUCUGUUCAGUCUCCACACAAGCAGAAACUCCGACCAGACAAUUGAUAUAGCAAUAGUGCUGAAUGGGACUUUGGAUAGAGAAACUUCAGCCUACUACCAACUCCAUAUUUUGGCAAUGGACGGAGGAUCUCCAGCUAAAACAGGCAUAGCAACCAUCAACGUCACAGUGACUGAUGUGAAUGACCAUAAACCGCUUUUUAACAAAACCCUGUACACAGCGUCCCAUUCAGAGAACACCACAGUUGGUGAGACACUUCUUCAAGUAAAAGCCACUGAUUUGGAUUUUGCUUCUAACGGAUAUGUUACCUACUACUUUGGACUUCAUACAAACAAAGACACACUUAAUAUCUUAGCAAUCAAUGCAACGAGUGGUGAAAUCAAGCUGAAAGGCAGUCUGGAUUACGAAACAAAGAAGCAAUACCAAUUUGUUGUGGGAGCCACCGAUCAUGGCAGUCAACCUCAAACCACUCAGACGGCUGUGGUUAUCAAUGUAGAAGAUGUCAACGACAAUGUGCCUUCCCUACACUUUAACCUCUUGUCUGGUGGUAACUUUUCAAUUCUUUCUGAGGAUUCUGGGCCGGGAAGCUUUAUUUCCCAUUUAUCCGUUGCCGACGGAGACUUUGGUGCAAACGGCAAAGUUAACUGUGAGAUGCUCAGUCCAGGAUUUGAGCUCCAUAGACUCUUGGCUAAUGAGUACAAAGUUUUACUAAACCAGAAACUGGACAGAGAAGUUCAGGUGGAGUACAAGGUGUUGAUUCGUUGUUCCGAUGAGGGUGAGCCGCAGAUGCAGGGUACUGGAGAGGUGAUGGUUAAAGUGUCCGAUGUCAAUGACAAUGCUCCAGUGUUUGAACCUGCAGAAUACAGUAUGGAGAUGUAUGAAAACAACGAGGGAGGCGAAUUCAUAGUCCAAGUCUCUGCCACAGAUGCAGACAUAGGAGACAACAGCAAAAUAUCCUACAGCCUUGGUUCUCAUUUGGAGAACUUCGUUAUUGACAGCAGCUCUGGAACCAUCACAGCUAAGGCUGCGUUGGACAGAGAGAAAUCUCCAGUUAUUGAGUUACUUGUCGUUGCCACCGAUCUUGGAAAACCAGCCAUGUCUUCAACAGCAACUGUACAUGUUCACUUACUAGAUCUCAAUGACAUGGCACCAACUUUCCAGGAAAUGUCUUACCAACUGUUUGCCAUGGAGGAAGAGCAGCCAGGGACAUCAGUGGGACGAAUUUUUGCUGAAGACAAGGAUGCUGGCAGGAAUGGGAAAGUCCAAUAUUCCUUGUUAAAACACCCAAACAAUGAUGUUCCAUUUCGUCUAAAUUCCGUGACCGGAGUUCUCGAGACAGAGAGGAAAUUAGACAGAGAAACCAGGAGUUUGUACACAUUUGUUGUGGCUGCCACUGAUGAUGGGGAGAAUCAACAACUUUACAGCAUGACCAAUGUGACUGUCCACGUGCUGGAUGCCAACGACAACUUUCCUGAGUUUUACUACCCCACUGAGACGAAUAACUCGAAAACGAUUUACCACACAGAUUACGUUGGUACCUUAAUUACCAUCAUAUCAGCCCAUGACAAAGACCGCGGGGAAAAUGCUACCAUCACCUUUAAGAUUGUCAGCGGUAAUCCCAAGAACUUGUUCCAAAUUCACCAAACAACUGGUGAAAUUUUUGUUGUGAAUGAUAUGAGUGAGCAGGAUAUCAAAAAACAUGUAUUGUCUAUAUCUGCCUCGGACCAAGGAACACCACCGAAGGAACAGUUGACAAAGUUUAUUAUUGACGUAGAGCUGGGCAAUGAAUCUCUUCCUCUCAGCACUGCUUCCACGGAGGACGAGCCCAUGUUCGACAACUUAAUCAUCGGUGUCACCAUCGCCAUUACGACUGUGCUCCUCGUCCUCAUCAUCACGGUUAUAAUAAUUCUGGUGAAGAGGCAGGCCAAGCGUCAUCCUGCAUAUCCACGUGCAGAAUCCCAACACAUGAUGGCUUACGGAGACAACGGGUUUGGAGUUACCAACCCUCCCCAACCCAUAUCAACAACAGUCCCCAUGCCACUACCUGGCGAUGUUUCUCGCCAAGUCAACUAUUCCUUGGUCAACGAGACGCACAACUCCGUCCCUAGCAAUACCUGUUCUACAUUCAAGGGAGAGAACUCCAUACCGUCCUUGGGCCAGAGCUCCAUCCAGAUUCCGCGGGCCUGCAGCUCUAUGUUAACUGUGAACGGUCAGUCCCCAGGGAGAGUUGAGACUGUGUUAACAGGCACAUCUGGGCCAUCACUGAGUUACGCCACAGCGGGCUCCUCCCCCCACCGAUCAAGUCUCAGGAGCAGUAAUCACUCAAUGCACAGGUGGUCGGAUGACCUGCAGCCAAACCCUUAUCCCGGCAAACAGGCUGUGGAUGUCAACAGAUAUGAGGACCACAGCGACCUGUCAGGGGAUAUAACCAACAGUGACAGUGGUCGAGGCGGGAGCGAGGAAGAGUUACCUGCCCCUACUAAACCAGAUCUACCUCUACAUGCUGAAGCAGCUGGAUUUCCCAAAGUUCACCAAAAACCCAAGAAAAGGGUGCAGCUAAUAGACCCAGCUUUUACAGAAGAACCGAAUAGUCAUCAACGGGUCAACAAAUGGAUGGCUGAACACGACCCAAGGAGUGCUUACUACCAAAUCAACGUGGAUUCUUACGGGAACUACCCAUUCCCAUGUGAUAGUGCUCACGUAGUGCCAAGCUCUGGGGCCGUGUCUCCGUUAGAACUAAAAGAGUACUCAAAUUACAUGCCUCCAUCUAUUCUGAAAAGUUCUCCUCGGCAUAAAAGCAAUAUGAGGACAUUUACCGGGGGUCGACAGGAUGACUGUCACCUCUCGUCACAUAGUGCUCUACCCCCCGACACAAUCGCCAUAAAAACGAAUGCUUACAGUCCACAUGACUGCUACAGGGUGGGAGGCAUGUACUCCAGGCCUAGAUCAGUUCUGGACGAUGACAGUGAUAUCGUCACAGACAGUGUACGUGAUGACGAUGACGGGGACACGACAACGUCUGGAAGCUACGUCAUAGAUGCUGACGAACUAUGCAGAGAAAUCAAUGAACUCUUCUUCAGUGACAUUCCACAAAGCAUUGACAUUUGA